CAGAAAUCUCUGUUUCUCCUCUUUGCUCUUCUGUGUUUCAACUUUCAACCAGCGAGGCUCACAACCUGCUGCAAUCAAACCUCUUUCUUUCAGUCUGCUUUUGCUUUAAUUAUCCUCUCCACAUAUGAUGGCAUUUCCGAAUGUCUCUCCUUAGACGUCCCAUCACCAGAGGAAUUCAGCCCACCCAUUCCAGACGACUAUCCAUCAUGAAAGACACAAAAGAAACAGACGAAUUGCCCAUUUUACCCCCCAUAGCCACAAGAACCACCCCGAAACAACCCCCACCCUCCAAACCCCAAGCAGCAACUCCCGAAAUCGAGAAAAAAUACGUCCACCGCGUAUAUGACGCAAUCGCCCCCCACUUCAGUUCCACUCGUUUUGCCAAAUGGCCCAAAGUCCAAGCUUUCUUAAACUCCCUCCCCUCAGGAUCACUCGUACUCGACUCUGGCUGUGGGAACGGGAAAUACUUGGGCUUGAACCCAAACUGCUUUUUCGUCGGGUGUGACAUCAGUGGGCCCCUCGUCAACAUAUGCUCGGAAAAAGGGCACGAAGUCCUAGUGGCCGAUGCAGUCAAUCUUCCUUACCGAACGGGCUACGGUGAUGCCGCCAUCUCCAUAGCUGUUCUGCACCACCUCAGCACAGAAGCCCGAAGGAAAGGAGCUGUUGAGGAGUUGAUUCGGGCCGUGAAAACAGGCGGGCUUGUCUUGAUCACAGUUUGGGCCAGGGAACAAGAGGAUAAAGCCCUGAUUAAUAAAUGGACUCCUCUGAAUCAGAAGUAUGUGGAGGAGUGGAUUGGGCCUGGGCCUGGAAGCCCGCGGGUGAGGAGCCCGUUGGGUUCGGUUUCUUUGGAAAGUAUUCCGGAAAGUGAGGAAGCUGUUGUUUCGUCUCAGCAGGAAUAUUUUGUGCCGUGGCAUUUGCCUUAUCAUCGAGCAGAGGUAAGUGGGGUUUCUGUUAGUGCUGUGGCCAGUGGGCUGGCGAGGAAGGAUGAUAAGAAGGGGGCUGUUGUGUACGACAGAUAUUAUCAUGUUUUUAGUGAAGGUGAACUUGAAAGGUUGGUGAGUGGCGUUGAUGGUGCUGUCAUUGUGGACAGAUUUUACGACAAAUCAAACUGGUGCGUUAUCCUCGAGAAAACUUCAUCAUGAGUUUGUGUAUCAUGUUUAGAAUGUGCAACAAAAUUUGGGGUUUAAGUAAUUUUUUUUCAGCCCUAGAGAAUUUUCCAUGUCGCAUUCUAAGGUUGGAAUGCAGAAUGCGAGGUUCAUGAGAUGGUUUUGUAUUAUUACAGAAGUCAUUUACUACUCGGCUGGUAAAUUAUCUCUGUUCGAAGGUUUUCGUUUUUGGAUUUAACAAAUUCUGUAAGAACACUUGGUACGGUAAUCAAAAUUGCAGCUGCAAGUUGGGAAUCAAUUUUUUCUUGUAAGAAUUUGCAGGAACACUCAAUUUCA